AUGUCCAGCAUGCCCACCAGUUCCGAGGACAGAUUCAUGAUUGCCGCGAAGGAGAACGACGAGAUCAUCAAAGACUCCCAGGAGCAGAUCGAGAUCCUUCGAGCAGCCAUAGAGAACGCACACAAGAUGAUCAAGACACACCUCGAGAAGAUGGAGCAGGCCGCCUCCGCCGCCAACGAGAAUCACAAGCUGGACAUCAUUGAACAGGCACGCCUUCAAGACGAACUCGCCGACAAGCAGUGGGAGGCUACCAAGGCCAUGGCCACGGGCAGCCUCGCUCUGUACAACCAGAACAAGAACUCAUCGGACGCCUUUGACAAGGCUCGGCGCCUGGGUCCCAAGAUCCGUUGA